GUGAGGAAGAUGAUGGAGAUGAUCCCAUUAGAGUUGAUCAAGUAGCUCGUCUAGAGGCUAUUGAGUUUAUGGUUCAAAAUAAGGAAUUUAAAGAGAUUGACAGAGCUAAAGAAAAGAGACUAAAACCUUCCAUUGAGGACCCACCUAACUUGGAAUUGAAAACUUUAUCGAAACACUUAGAGUAUGCAUUUCUUAAAAAAGAUUCAAAGUUAUCGAUAAUAAUUUCUUCCAAGCUAAAGGUGGACUAA